UGGCUCGUCCCAGCACCAGUUACCAGCCAUGUCGCUCAAGGUCGUCGUUGUCGUCGUUUCCGUGAUCGGGGUCGUGUUGGGCGAGCUUCCCCCCCAGGUGUACCCAGAGACUCCCCAGUACCAUUCUCCCCCCAGCUACCACGCCCCAGUCGAGACCUACCCUGAUACUCCCCCACAGUAUACCUACAACUACGGUGUUGCUGAUGGCUACUCCGGCGCCAAGUUUGGCCACAACGAGGCCCGCGACGGCUACAAGACCCAAGGCAGCUACGUAGUGGACCUCCCAGACGGCCGCAAGCAGACCGUCAACUACGUGGACAAUGGUGAUGGUCUGGAGGCCCAGGUCACCUACGAAGGAGAGGCCCAGUAUCCGGAACACAAGCCUUCAUACCCUGCUCCUCAACAUUACAACCCUCCACCACCACCUACCUACGCUUAAGACAGCUUACUCUUUAGAUCUAACGCAUACAUACAUUAAUAUAACUCCUGCUGAUUAGAAUAUUUUUUUGUUUUGUCUUCUGUUAAUUCAACCGACACAUGUUGUGUGCCAUACUAAUGUUCCAGUAAAUGUUGAAGUGCUGUA